GAAAUCGAUUUCUUUGCUUCCCACACCCCAACCUUCACAAUAGCAGCGCUACUUCACGCGACCAUCAGCAAGCUGGAGCUACCGUCCCUCGCAUCGGUUCAGACACGAGCCCCCACCGACGCCUACCCGUCUUGGUCUGGCUACAACGCCCAUUACGCCAAAGGGGGCAUGUCCAGUGACAAGCUCCCAUCUGCGUUGUUCUCACCUUUGGCUAGCCAACAACAACAACAGCAGCACCAUCACGCAUCUUCGCCGAGAGGACUAAGCAGUUCAAUCCUUAACGGCUCGACGUACCCCAACAAGAAGGAUUCCACCCAAGUCCUCCCCAGCCCCUCUCAAUCACAGAACGGAGCCCCGCAGUACUCCACCUCCAACAAUCAAUUCGCCUACGGAAACGAAGGAACCGGCUUCAUGAAUACACAAAGCAAUUCGUCGUACGGUGCGCUAGACUACGGCCACCAGCACCAUCUCUCGCAGGGACAGCCGCCUACUCCCCAGACGGCGACCUCGGGCGGCAUGGGCAGCUUUCCUCCGCAACCGUCACUGCUACAACCCACAUACCACCAGCCGAGCCAUGGGUUCCCGCAGUUCUUCCCAGGCUCGAAUUCGCCGGCGAACCAGCCUCCGAUGGGCGUGCAUCCCCAACAGCCCAUGCUCCCGCUGCCGCAGACCACCGCGCUGAACACAAACCACUCCCCGUUAAGCGCCGUCUCGCAAGGAGGCCCGCAAACCCCUCAAUCCGCCACAACAGGUGGUUACAGCAAUCAUUCAUUUGAUGCGACCGGCCAGAUCGCGCCCCCGGGAAUGAAACCCCGUGUAGCGGCAACACUCUGGGAAGAUGAAGGCAGCCUAUGCUUUCAGGUCGAAGCUCGAGGUGUUUGUGUAGCCAGACGAGAGGAUAAUGCCAUGAUCAAUGGCACCAAACUUCUCAACGUGGCGGGAAUGACCCGUGGUAGACGUGAUGGUAUCCUGAAGAGCGAGAAAGUGAGACAUGUCGUAAAGAUCGGUCCGAUGCAUCUGAAGGGCGUAUGGAUUCCAUUUGAGCGUGCAUUGGACUUUGCGAACAAGGAGAAGAUCACAGAGCUCCUAUAUCCGCUGUUCGUCCACAACAUUGGUGCUUUCCUCUACCACCCAACAAACACCCACCGAACAAACGCGGUCAUGGCUGCAGCCGAGCGUAGGAGAGCGGACAGCACCGUGUUGACCCAAAGUCAAGCCCUCAACCAAGGCCAAUUGCAAAGACGGGCGACAACCGAUAUGAUUCCCUCAUCACAGGCGCCGCAGAUGCACCAUCAAGGCAUGCAUAACCCCAUGCACCACCAGUCCCUUCCCCCCAAUCUUUCUCAGCCUCGUCCCGAGUUGCAGAGGAGCAUGUCGUUCCCCACCCCCCCUUCUAGUGCGUCGAGUGUGAUGGGAGGCGGCCCGGAUUCUUCGUUCUGGAGCGGGAACAUGGUGCCGCAAGGAAACAAUGGUCCGUUAGCCAUCGACACGGUCAUGAACAGUGCUCGUUCGAUGCCGACAACCCCUGCGACAACCCCGCCGGGAGGCAUCCAGCAGUUGCAAUACCCUCCCCCACCGUCAUCCUUGUAUCCACCCCAGCAAGGAAACAUGGGCCAGCAGAACAUUGCGCAGCAGAACAUGCAGAGGUUUAACCAGCCCCUACCCCAGCCGCAGUACAUGAACCAGAAUAGGGACCAGAACAACAUGGGACCCCCGACAUCAAGGGGACCGCCGCCAACCUUGUCAAGGCCGGCUUCGCGACAGGAUGAUGGACAUGGGCAUGGAAAGGAGGAAGGUGCUGAGGAGCAGAAUGGAUUGGCAACCGAAGAGGAAUAUACGACCCAUGAGACCAAUUAUGCCAACGGUCACCGACCCGUCUACUACCCUCCUCUUCAAACAGAGCACACGCCGCAUCUGUCGCCGGAGAUGAAUGGUUCCCCAGGACAGGGCCCAUCCACGCCAGCACGUGCGUACGGUGCUCCGAACGCCAAUGUUCCGCGCACGGUUGAUGGUGCAAGUGGAGCCACUCCGCGAACCACCACCACCCCGCAGCAGCAAUGGGUCCAGAACGGCAGUGGAUACUCGACUCCGCCACGAUCCAACUCCGCCAGUGGAAAUGCCAUACGCCAGCCUCCGCAAAGAAACGUCUACCAGCUCGUUGGCGGUGACACUCCUGCCGACCAGUCGGAUCCCAGCGCUGCUCCCGGCGCGUCCGAUGGCACUUACGCUACCCAGGCCGGACUCAGCGGUGUGCCGAUGCCUUCCCAGACGCCUCCGCAGAGCUACGUUGUCAACGGAAUCACCACGCCGUCGUCGUCCAACAAGCGCGUGCGCGACAUGGAUGAUGACGAGGAGCACAACUCGCGACCGUCGAGCCGGGAUCACGAUGACCGAGCUGGUGCCGAUGCCGAUGCUGCGAUUGGUGGAAUGAAGAGGCGCAAGACUGUAGGCCGUGAGGGUGCACCGGCAGUUGCUCCCGCGGCCGGCAUGGCAGCUGGCAGCUUCGACAGGGCAGCUGAUGGUCGGCUUAACCGCACACGAUCAGCCGUCAACCCGGGCAGAGUUGGAGGAAGAAGAUAAUAUAGUUUUAGAGGAGGGAGGUGUUUUUUUUCUCUUGCUCUUUUUCUUUUCAUUCGAUUCCGGUACAAACUCAUCGAGCCCGUCGACCUCAUAGUCCUCUACGACCGGACAGAUGACGGGCCCACUUCCUUCGUCCUAAACG